AGACAAAUAAGGAAGGGACGCAAACCAGGAAGGCAAAGAUGCUGACUCCUCAUUCAUACCUCACGGGGAAGUGCGAGUGCAGGAAAGGGAAGGCGUUGCCGAAAAAAAAGUCGAAUUAAAAAAAACUUCAAGGAAGGGAUAACGGUAAACAGAAAACUGAAAGCAGAACGCGCUAAGUUAAAUGGCCGUAGGGAAAGCCCUAAGGAAGGCACUAAUUCUAAGACCUAAUCCAUAAACUCUUAUCGUUAAUCUAAAACCUUAUUAGAAGCAUUCAUCGUAAAGCUGAUCGGUAACACGCUAGCACUAGGACUUAAACAUAGCGUAACCUCAUCCGCAAAACCUAAACCGUAAGUCCUAAAACUAGUCUAAAAACCUAACCCUAACCCUUGUUCUUACCUUAUCCGCAAUCCCAAACCCUAACAAUAAACUUAAUCCUAAAACUUAACCGUAACCUUAACCCCAAAACCUAACCCCAAAGAAGUAAACCUACCACUAAACCCUAACCUUAACCCUGGCCCUAAACUAACCCUAAACCUAACCCUAAAGUUAACCCUAAAGCCAAUUUAUGAGCCUAAACUUCACCCUAAAAUCCAACUCUGACCUUAGCCCUUAAACCAAACCCUAAGCGCAAAAACCAAACCCUAACCGUAAACCUAAACCCCGAGGCUUACCCUAACCCUAGCCAAAACCCUAACCCUAAAAUUAACGCCAACGCUGACCUUAAUCCUAAACACUAACCCUAAAUUUGACCCCAACCCUAACCCUGAAGCCUGACCCUAAUCUUAACCACAACCCCAACUCUAAGCCCAUACUUAACCCGUAAGGCUUAUCCUACUACUAUACCUUAAACUUAAUCUUGACCCUGAAAACUAAUCCAAACCCUAUCCUUAACUCUAAACCGUAACCUUAAACCUAAAACCUAACCCGAAAGCCCUAUACCUAACCAUAAACCCUAACCUUAAGACGGAAAAUUAGCCUUGACCUAGCCAUAACUCUAACCCUAACCACAACCCUAACCCUAACCGAAACCCCAACCUUAACUCUUACCAUAACCGCAACCCUAAAUCUGACAGUAACCCUAACAUUAAUCCUAAAACUAAGCCCUAACCCUUAAACCUAACAGCAACCGUAAUACUGAAAUCUAAACUUAAACCCUAACCCCAAUCCGAAAACCUAACCCUUAAGUCCUAACCCUAACCCGAAAAUCGUAAUCCUAAACCUGAACCCUAGUCCUAACCUUAACCGUAAAACGUAAGCCAAAUCUUCUAACCCUUGCCAUAAAAACCCUAAUCCUUAAGCCGAACCCCAACUCGAAAGCCAAGCCCUAAUCAUAAACCUAAACCCCAGUCCUAAAACUUAAUCCUACGCCUAACCGUAAACAUCACUAAACCCAAUAGCCUGACCGAAGCGGGCGACCUGCCUAAAUCAGUAUAAGCACACCGACUGGUAACAAGUUCCCUAGGCAAGAUAAACACACCUACUGAUAACAAGUAAGGACGUCGACAUUAUCGACGUAUAAUGUCUGGCUACGAACUGCGAUCGUACCAACUUUAAAGAGGAUUUAUAGAAUCCAUAGGAGCAAGCAAGAACACGUCCAACUAAUAGCCUGGUAACUGGCAGAAAAAUUCCGCAAAUCAUUGCAAUUAGUCACUAACAGUGAGAGGUCAAUUUGUCGCCUACCAGACUUUUGGUCGAAUAUAUUCAAGUGAGAUUCUAUGUAUUCUACGACACUUCUUGAGUUUAAGUAUUGCGAGAUUAUGCUAGGGCGAUACUUCCAGUCAGAGAGCGCCCCGGAUGAGGCCAUUCGGAAAUUCGGUCAUCUAAGCGCAACCGACUACAAUAAGAAGCCAAAAAGUGCUCAUAUAUUCUUGAUGCGGUUCACGGAAAGAUUGACAGAAUCAUGGUAAUGUUCCUUAAAGUGGACCACAUCCGAAAAGGUCGAAACUGCAAGAAAUUUCAAGGAGUAUGGCUUACAGGACUUUCUUAGGAAAAGUACUCGAUCUUGGAAAAUUUGGUUUUUGUUACCACUCUCUAACGUGUACGCUGUAGUUUAAAAAAGAGCACUGAAGUUGAUUGCACGCUUUAGGCGUCUAAUGCUAAAACGCCAUAGAGAAAGCAACGUAGAACGCAUGCACAGGGUAAGAGAAUGCCAAGAAAGUUAGUUAGAAUACGGUUAUCCAUUCCAGAGAUUUUAGACAACUUGCCCAAACCUUGGAUCUGUCAUGACUUUUAGCAACCUAUAAACCGUGCGGCAACGUCAGCCGAAUAGAUAUGGCAGUAAUGAUUCACCCGUCAUUUGACCUAGUUAUCUGGCGAACUGUGAGGCAAACGGUAGGUAUUGAUGAUAUUUAGUUGGAAAUUUCGGAAAUGAAACGUAAUUUCUUAUUUUAUUUUCAUUAUGAUUAUCAUAUGACGUUGCUUUUGUAGCUUACUUAGCCUUGCCAUUUGUUUGUUUUAACUGAUCAACAUUGUGUUUGCUCGUUUAUUUCUUGGUUUUUGGGUUGCCCGCUCUAUUAGAUUGAAUCCGCAUUUGCUGUAGGUAACCCAUUUCCAUUUUUAAGGGUCUAAACUGCUAUUCCGUUUAUUCUUCUCUUGCAUAGGUUCUACCCACCCUGUCUUUGUUUGUUAUUCGUUACCACGCGGCAUGAUAAAGAACUUUGGCAAAAUAACAGCAUCUUCAAUCCUAUCUACCACCGUCCAGAAGACCGUUUUUGAAGGCGAGGACGUGGCAGUAAAAUGUUUUUACGAGAUGACUGACACAGCAAAACGUUACAAAGAGCUAGAUAUGUUGUUGCGUCUGAAUCACCCGAAUAUCCUGACUGCGUAUGCCGCGGGUCCAGACAUUGAGAACGGCUCACUCGAGUUUAUUGUGACUGAAUACGCAUCUUGUGGUGACUUGCACAGUCGUAAGUUUUAUCUAGUCCCCACGUCAAUUUUCUUCGUCUGUGUUUAUCUUUAAACCCAAUCACGUGGGAGAAGAGCUUACUGCAUGCAGGACUAAGAAACAUCGUUCUGGCGGAUCUGUUGUUUGGGCGUCUGUAUGUCCACAGCUGUCAAGUGAGAAAUGGUCAUCUUAAGUCCCCCGUUGUUGUCUGUUGACCUUUAUAAAAUAUCUAACAAAAGAACCACUUAUUUCCGUUCUGGGCGUCUUCACCAGAGAAAAAGGUGGGGAGAACGAGUCCUGUUUAUCCAAAUAGCGC